GGGCGGCACCGCCCCGGCGCUCUCCCAGGGCCCCUAGCUUUCCGCUGGGUCCGGCGGAAAUGAGCCGCGGCUCCGGGCGGGCGCCGGAGCCCCCAAAGCUGGGGGGGCGGUGCCGCUGGGGGGAUCAGGCUCCGCCCCGCCCCGCCCCAGCCGCCGUGGACCUGCGCGCGGGCGAUGACAGCGCCCGGCCCCAGGGCCCUUCGUCCCUGCGCGCCACGCCCCCUGCCCGCCUGCCAGUCCUCGGGAGGCACGCCCCCUCCCACCUCUCCGCCUCGACCCCCUCGGGGGGCGCAGGCGGGGCCCAAAUCUCUGCCAGCGUCGCCGCCAUCGUCUGCGCCGCGUCCCUAGCUCUGCGAAGGACAGGCCUCGCGCCAGGACCCCCAUCGGCUUCUGAGGUGCCACGAUGGUGGGGGAGCUCCGCUACAGGGAAUUCAGAGUGCCCCUGGGGCCCGGCUUGCACGCCUACCCUGAUGAGCUGAUCCGCCAGCGGGUGGGCCACGAUGGGCAUCCUGAGUACCAGAUCCGCUGGCUCAUCCUCAGGCGUGGGGAUGAUGGGGAAGGGGGCUCUGGCCAAGUGGAUUGCAAGGCUGAGCACAUCCUGCUAUGGAUGUCCAACGACGAGAUCUAUGCCAACUGCCACAAGAUGCUGGGCGAGGAUGGCCAGGUCAUCGGGCCCUCCCAGGAGACUGGAGGGGAGGCUGGGGCCCUGGACAAGUCUGUGCUGGGGGAGAUGGAAACUGACGUGAAGUCUCUGAUUCAGAGGGCGCUUCGGCAGCUGGAGGAGUGUGUGGGCAGCAUCCCCCCUGCUCCUCUGCUUCACACUGUCCAUGUGCUCAGCGCUUACGCCAGCAUCGAGCCCCUCACUGGGGUGUUCAAAGACCCAAGGGUCCUUGACUUGCUCAUGCACAUGUUGAGCAGUCCCGAUUAUCAGAUUCGCUGGAGCGCGGGCCGGAUGAUACAAGCCCUGGCAUCCCAUGAUGCUGGCACCCGGACCCAGAUUCUUCUGUCACUGAGCCAACAAGAGGCCAUUGAGAAGCACCUGGAUUUUGACAGCCGCUGUGCUCUGCUGGCUCUGUUUGCACAGGCCACACUCUCUGAACACCCCAUGUCUUUCGAGGGCAUUCAACUGCCACAGGUCCCGGGAAGGCUGCUCUUUUCCUUGGUGAAGCACUAUUUGCAUGUCACCUUCCUCCUCGAUAAGCUGAAUGACAGUGCUGCAGAACCAGGAGUGCAGAACAACUCUGCCCCCGAGGAGUUGAGUGGGGAGAGGGGUCGGCUGGAGCUGGAGUUCAGCAUGGCCAUGGGCACCCUGAUCUCAGAGCUGGUGCAGGCCAUGCGCUGGGACUGGGCCUCAAGCAGACAGGGGCCCUUGGCACGGUCCUCCUGUUCCAUCUUCCAGCCCCAGCUGACAAAUGCCGGCCCAGGGCUGCCACCUGCCCAGGCCCAGCCCUCCCUCAGGAGGUCAAGGCGGUUUCGCCCUCGCUCUGAGUUUGCAAGUGGCAAUACCUAUGCCUUGUAUGUGCGGGAUACGCUGCAGCCAGGGAUGCGAGUGCGGAUGCUGGAUGAUUACGAGGAGAUCAGUGCUGGGGACGAGGGCGAGUUCCGUCAGAGCAACAGUGGCGUGCCCCCUGUGCAGGUGUUGUGGGAGUCGACGGGCCGUACCUAUUGGGUACACUGGCACAUGCUGGAGAUUCUGGGCUUUGAGGAAGACAUUGAGAAUGUGGUCAAGGCUGAUGAGUACAAGGGGGCAGUGGUCACUGGAGCCCUGGGUGCAGCCUUGCCAUCCUGGCGGUGGAAGCCCAUGACAGAGCUCUAUGCUGUGCCCUGCGUGCUGCCUGAGGAUGAGGACACUGAGGAGAGUGAACACCUGACCCAGGCCGAGUGGUGGGAGCUCCUCUUCUUCAUCAAGAAGCUGGAUGGACCUGACCAUCAGGAGGUUCUCCAGAUCCUCCAGGAGAACCUGGAUGGGGAGGUAGAGCCUUCCCGGAGAUGUACACAAUUUGGAGGGCUCCACUGCAAGUGCUGGAAUGUCGUAGAACAUUCGGAAGGCUCAGGAUGGGAAGCGGAGUUCAAUAGUAUUCUGGAUGACGAGGUCCUGGCUGAGCUGGCCGUGCCCAUGGAGUUGGCCCAAGACUUGCUGCUGGCUCUGCCACAGCGACUUGAUGACAGCGCUCUCAGGGACCUGUUCAACUGCCGAGUCUACAGGAAAUAUGGGCCCGAGGCCCUGGCAGGGCAGCCAGCUUACGCAUCCCUGCUGGAAGCCCAGGCCCAGCCUCAGGAAUCAGCAGAUGCAGCCAGAGUGGAAGCAAAAGAACCCCCGACUCAGUGCCCCAACACUCCCCUGCGGCGUCUGGCAGAGGGUUAUGGUCAGCCUGGGAAAAUCUUCCUGGAUCUGGAGCGAGCCCUCAGCUCAGAGGGGGCCCGGGACAGUGAAGUCAAGCCAUUGCUGCUGCAGCUGCAGAGACAGCCCCAGCCGUUCCUCGUGCUCAUGCGGAGCCUUGAUACUCCGGCGGCCAACAAGUCCCUGCACCUGACCGUUCUGAGAAUCCUCACGCAACUGGUGGACUUUCCCGAGGCGCUGCUGCUCCCCUGGCACGAGGCCAUGGAUGCCUGCAUGGCCUGCCUGCGGUCCCCAGACACUGACCGAGAGGUGCUUCAGGAACUGAUCUUCUUCCUGCACCACCUGGCCUCGGUGAGCAGGGACUAUGCUGUGGUGCUUAAUCAGCUGGGAGCCCGAGAUGCCAUCUCCAAGGCCCUGGAAAAGCACCUGGGAAAGCUGGAGCUGGCUCAGGAGCUGCGGGACAUGGUCUUCAAGUGUGAGAAGCAUGCCCACCUCUACCGGAAACUCACCACCAACAUCCUGGGAGGCUGUAUCCAGAUGGUGCUGGGCCAGAUUGAAGACCACAGACGAACCCACCGACCCAUCAACAUCCCCUUCUUUGACGUGUUCCUCAGGCAUCUCUGCCAGGGCUCCAGUGUGGAAGUGAAGGAGGAGAAGUGCUGGGAGAAGGUGGAGGUGUCCUCCAACCCGCACCGGGCCAGCAAGCUGACGGACCGCAACCCCAAGACCUACUGGGAGUCCAAUGGCAGCGCCGGCUCCCACUACAUCACCUUGCACAUGCACCAGGGUGUCCUCAUCAGGCAGCUCACUCUGCUGGUGGCUGGCGAAGACUCGAGCUACAUGCCAGCCAGAGUGGUAGUGUUUGGGGGUGACAGCACCAGCUCUCUUAACACAGAACUCAACUCGGUCAAUGUGAUGCCCUCUGCCAGCCGGCUGAUCCUCCUGGAGAACCUGAACCGCUUCUGGCCCAUCAUCCAGAUCCGCAUAAAGCGCUGCCAGCAGGGUGGCAUCGACACGCGCAUUCGGGGAUUGGAGGUCUUGGGCCCCAAGCCCACGUUCUGGCCAGUGUUCCAGGAGCAGCUGUGUCGUCACACACGCCUCUUCUACAUGGUUCGGGCACAGGCCUGGAGCCAGGACAUAGCAGAGGACCGCAGGAGCCUCCUGCACCUGAGUUCUAGACUCCAUGGGGCUCUGCGCCAUGAGCAGAAUUUUGCUGAUGGCUUCCUCCCUGACAACGAGGCCGCCCAAGCUCUGGGCAAGACCUGCUGGGAAGCCCUGGUCAGCCCACUGGUGCAGAACAUCACCUCCCCUGAUGAGGAUGGUGUCAGCCCCCUGGGCUGGCUGCUGGACCAGUACUUGGAGUGUCGGGAAGCUGCCCACAACCCCCAGAGCCGCGCUGCAGCUUUCUCCUCGCGGGUGCGCCGCCUCACCCACCUGCUGGUGCAUGUGGAGCCCUGUGAGGUGCCCCCUCUGGUGGUGGCCACUCCUCGGCCCCAGGGCAGAAACAGAAGCCAUGACUGGAGCUCCCUGGCUACCCGGGGACUUCCCAGCAGCAUCAUGAGAAACCUGACCCGCUGCUGGGGAGCCGUGGUGGAGGAGCAGGUGAACAAUUUUCUGACCUCACACUGGCGGGAUGAUGACUUCGUGCCACGCUACUGUGAACACUUUAAUAACCUGCAGAAGUCGAGCUCCGAGCUGUUUGGGCCACGGGCAGCCUUCUUGCUGGCCCUGCAGAACGGCUGUGCUGGUGCCUUGCUGAAGCUCCCUUUUCUCAAAGCUGCCCACGUGAGUGAGCAGUUCGCUCGGCACAUUGACCAGAGGAUCCAGGGCAGCCGGAUUGGGGGUGCCCGGGGAAUGGAGAUGCUGGCGCAACUGCAGCGAUGCCUGGAAACUGUCCUGGUUUUCUCUGGCCUGGAGAUAGCCACCACCUUUGAGUAUUACUACCAGCACUACAUGGCAGACCGUCUCCUGGGCGUGGGCUCGAGCUGGCUGGAGGGGGCCGUGCUGGAGCAGAUCGGCCUCUGCUUCCCCAACCGCCUCCCCCAGCAGAUGUUGCGGAGUCUGAGCACCUCCGAGGAGCUGCAGCGCCAGUUCCACGUCUACCAGCUCCAGCGGCUUGACCAGGAACUCCUGAAGCUGGAGGACACAGAGAAAAAGAUGCAGGGGGGCCAUGGGGCCAGUGGCAAGGAGUAUGAGAGAGAGAACGAAGAGGAAGCUGAGGAAGCUGGGGCAGCGGCAGCAGCAGCAGAUAAAGCAGAGGUGGAGGAGGAGGAGGAGAAUGAGGACCUCUACUAUGAAGGGGCAAUGCCAGAAGUGUCUGUGCUAGUCCUGUCACCACGCUGCUGGCCCAUUGCCUCCAUCUGCCACACGCUGAACCCCAAAAUCUGCCUGCCUUCCUACCUGAGGGGCACUUUGAACCGAUACUCCAACUUCUACAACAAGAGUCAGAGCUACCCUGUCGUAGAGCGGGGCCCACAGAGGCGACUGCAGUGGACGUGGCUGGGCCGGGCUGAGCUGCAGUUUGGAGACCAGACCCUGCAUGUGUCCACCGUGCAGAUGUGGCUGCUGCUGUACCUCAACGACCUGAAGGAGGUCUCUGUGGAAAGUCUGCUGGCUCUCUCAGGGCUUUCUCAAGACAUGCUGAAUCAGGCAAUUGGGCCUCUUACCUCUUUAAGAGGCCCCCUAGACCUUCACGAGCAAAAGGACGUCCCAGGAGGGGUACUCAAGAUUCGAGAUGCCAGUGAGGAGCCCAGGCCAAGGAGGGGCAACGUGUGGCUCAUCCCACCUCAGACAUACCUGAAAGCUGAGGAUGAAGAGGGCCGGAACCUGGAGAAGAGACGGAACCUUCUGAACUGCCUCAUUGUCCGAAUCCUCAAGGCCCAUGGGGACGAGGGGCUGCACAUUGACCAGCUUGUCUGUCUGGUGCUGGAGGCUUGGCAGAAGGGCCCAUGUCCUCCCAGGGGUUUGGUCAGCAGCCUUGGCAGGGGGUCUGCCUGCAGCAGCACCGAUGUCCUCUCCUGCAUCCUACAUCUCCUGGGCAAGGGCACAGUGAGACGCCAUGAUGACCGGCCCCAGACACUGUCCUAUGCAGUCCCCGUGACAGUGAUGGAGCCUCACACCGAGUCCCUGAACCCAGGCUCCUCGGGCCCCAAUCCACCCCUCACCUUCCACACCCUGCAGAUUCGCUCGCGGGGUGUGCCCUAUGCCUCCUGCACUGGCACCCAGAGCUUCUCUACCUUCCGGUAGCCCUGGAGCUUGGGCCAGGGCUUUCUACACAAGUAAAAUGCAGGAGUUCGAUA